UUAUGUGUCCAUGAUACAAAUUUUGCCUUCUGACGUCUUUUAACUUCAUAGCAGAAAGACACUAAUUAAUUCAUUUAAACACUAGCGAUAUUGCCUUUAUCCUGGUUAUAAUCGUAAUAAACAGGAAUAUCUCGAGGUGAAAUGCAUUUUUAAAGAUGAUGUUUAUUAAGGAGGAGAGUGAGGACACGUGUGAUCCAGAGCCCUGCAGAAUAGAUAAUGAGCACCAAGAAGGCCUCGUGGACGUGAAAGAGGAAAGUCACAUUCUGAAUGAAGUGGAGGAGAAACAUCAGCAUCAGAAAGCUCAUGAUGUCCUCACUGGAGAAAAAUCAUUGACUUGCUCCCAAACUGAAAACAAUUUCUCACAAAGCAGCACUCAAACAACAGUCAAAAAGCCUUUCACCUGCUCUCUGUGUGGAAAACAUUGUGCCCAUAGAGGUCACCUUAACGAUCACAUGUUAACUCACACCGGAGAGAAGCCGUUCACUUGCCCUCAGUGUGGAAGGAGAUUCUCACGCAGAAGAAACCUUAAUGAUCACAUACUAAUUCACAAUGAAGAGAAGCCUUUCGUCUGUCCUCGGUGUGGAAAGAGGUACAAACGUAACGAACACUUUCGAAGUCACUUACUAAGUCACGACAGAGGCAAACCCUUCACCUGCUCUCAAUGUGGAAAGAGUUUCGGUUAUAAACGAUCCUUUAAUGAUCACAUCAAAAUUCACACUGGAGAGCGUCUUCACACAUGCCUUCAGUGCGGAAAGAGUUUCCUGAAUAAAGGACACCUUAAGGAACACAUAAAAAUCCACACCGGAGAGCGACCUUUCGCCUGCUCUCAGUGUGGAAAGAGCUUCAUCAGUAAACGAGACGUUACAUAUCACAUGAGAAUUCAUACUGAAGAGAAGCCUUUUAAAUGCCUUCAGUGUGGAAAGGGUUUUGCAUGGGCAAGCUGUCUGAAAAUUCAUAUGCGCCACUCUCACUCAGAAGAAAGGGAGUUUACCUGUGAGCACUGCAAUAAAACGUUUGUUUUAGAGUCAUACCUAAAGAGACACUUGAAAAUUCAUCAAAACGAGAAACCUUUUGUCUGUUCGUUUUGCGGAAAAAGUUUUUUAUGGCUCCUGUGUUUCAAAGCACACCAGAAAAUACAUGAGGGUGUGAAAACCCAUGUUUGCUCAGAGUGUGGGAGAGCCUUUACUACAGCCAACUAUUUGAUGAAACACCAAAAAGUCCAUACGGGAGAACGGCCGUACAUGUGCUUAUAUUGUGGAAAGAGUUUCAGUAAGAAAGCAAACCUGGGAGAACAUGUAAGACUGCAUACGGGAGAGAAGCCAUACACCUGCGCUCAAUGUGGAAGCAGCUUCACCUCAGCAAAAGGUCUAAGUUAUCACAGAGAAAAGCAGUGUUCCCAAAGUGUGCCAAAUUCAUGCUCAGUUGAAAUCCAGAUAGUGUCAGAUAUGCCCAAAGAUUGCAUUUCUAUCAAAAAAGCUAUUACAUCUACAACAUUUAUUGGCGAAUAAGCUCUCAUUCAAUGUAAA